AAUGCCGGUGGAUGCUGUUGCCUCCAUCCACGGGUGAGUUGGAGUUUCAGUGACCCAAGAACCAGUCACAAUGCGCGAGGAACGUCCCUGCGCAUCCACGCUGAUUUGCCCGCCGGGAUUCUGCCGGAAUUUUUAGCUUCCCGCCGUAGCAGACUGGCGAAUUUCGAGAUGGGAAAAGGCAAAUUCAAAAACAGAUUCACGGCAACAACAACAAUUCAAUUCAAACUCGUGGCAGCAGUAACAAGUCUAAAGUGACAAUGGUAUACAGCAUAUAUAUACAAUCCCCAUUAUGACCUCCAACCUCCUCCAACUCAUUGCCCCUCCUUUUCCCCCUGCUGUCCGCUGGGAAUCAUUGUUUCUCCUACUAUACUAAAGUACUUACUAGCUGGGUCUCUGCAGCUUGGUCCAAUACCCUUGUAUUACCGUGACGGCGGGCGUGGCCAGUGGCGCGGGUCGGGAUGGGUUUUUGGCGUUUCUCGAAGCACUAAAGCUGCAGUAGCGCCGUCCGUUUAGAUUAACCCAUUCAUGCUUCUUCCUCUCAUACUUACUCUCGAGACUGCUUUCUCCUCCCUGAUCAUCCGUCUCGGAACGAUGGUGUGUUUGUUGGUCUACCUGUCUGGCUGUCACGUCUCUUAACUGACACGCAGGACGGGUUGAGAUCUUCACUACUACACAGGAGUAGGCUGUUUGUGCUCCUCCCCCCAAGACCCGAGACAUACGCAUCAUGACUAGUAGACCGUCCACCCAGCAGAGGGAUGCGACUAAAAAGAUGGAUGCAGCAGACCGAUCCGGAUCCUGAUUCGGAGCCAGGAAUUGGCCUGAAUUCCCCCACCAAUCAGCGCCCGCCAAGCGACCGUAAGGGCCGACCGUCGCUGGCUUGUCGCAGUCAUGCCCAGCCUAUAGUAAAACAAUCCGAGCCCUGAAAACUCCGGCAUACUCCUCGUAGUAGGAGAGUCUGCUGCUGUUGCUCCUGCUGCUGAAUCUGAUGUAUACGAAAUGUCCCAGGUAUUCGGGCCAGCGAGCUCCGCGACCCUCCUCGGGAAUUAGGUUUCCUGUGCCACUCAUUUACCCCCCCGUAGCCCUCUUCCCAACCAUCGAUUCAUCUCUGACCCAUCGCAUGCCAGUCUUUGGGCUCUAUGCGAUUUAUUGAUCAAAUCAAGCACCACUCCAAGGACUGACGGGCCGGAAUGGACUGGGAUUAGGAUCAGCCGAUGCUUCGCUUGACCAAAAAGCUUACCCCCUAUCGUCGGCCGAAAUGCCAUAUAAAGCUGUUGUUAUCGCUUGGGAUAGUGGGAUCUGAGCGCACGAUAGUCGCUCCCCUAGUCACUACCUUAACCCUGACCUUGUUGGAAUCAAAUCUAUUAAGCCUGGACUGUGCGCUUGCAUGCAUGAUCCAUCUUGGUCUGUCCCAUCGGCCCGAUGGUUUAAUUGACCGUGUCCACUUGGACGCUCCUGCAGGACAGCAUACCGUACACCCCUCUCUCUGGACCUCCCGACUGAGUAGCUGGCCCGCGACCGCUUCCACAACUUAAGCAACGGGUCAGGGCCUGCUCCGCUCAUCGGACCCGUUCUCCGGACGUAGGAGGAACAAGGACGACAGGCCAGCCACCACGAGCGAGCGCAUCGUCCCGAUGUCCUCGACGCUGACACUAGCGGCGGGGCGGGACCUGUCCACCAUCGGGCUGUCCGCCUGGCCCGGACGACCCCCGAGCCCUCGAGUGAUCCAGUCCUCCCUCCAUCGCGUAGAUGGGGACACUCAUGGGCCACCAUCAGGCACAUGGCCGGCCACCGACCAUGCCUCUUACACGAGGCGGCCCAAUUUAAGGUUGCUGUCCUCUUGCGGACACGGUGGACUUGAGCAGCCGUGUUGGCCAGCCCUCUGGAGGUUCCGGGGGCCAGCCAACGGCCAGCCCGCGGACAAAGCUUCGUCGGAACAGCUCUCCACCCUCAUCUCGCAAAAUGGAGAAUUGGCCGCAGGCAGCAGAAGACAGUCGAGGGGGAAACCCGAAGCAGGUACGAGACUGACCCUCGUAAGUUGGCAACCCUCCUCGUCAGACUGCCUAGUCGUAGUCUACUACGGGAUACUCACCGGAGCUGGCUUUCUUCCACCAUACCCUAUCUUACCCGAUCCGCGUAUGACCCGGUAAUCCGCUGCGGUAUUGACGGUUUGGUCAGAUGCGUUUCAAGCGCGUAACAAGCAUCGACUAAACCACCGCCUAGUAAGCAUAGACAGUAUGCCAGCAGGGCUAGCUACUGCUGCUAGCCUGCUACGAGUAAUCCCUACAGCCUCAUAGCUGCCUUCGUUCCACUCCCAGGUGCAGAGAUAUUAAUCAGGGAGAAAUCCACGAUUCAUCUUGAUGCAUGUGGAUCCACCCAUGGUUGCGGGGGCCCUUUGUCUCUCUGAUUCAACCAGAGGAUGAAGCUCUCCAUCCCCUCCCCCAGUUGUGCCUGUCCGCUCGACAUGCUUCCUCUGAGUUGGGCCAGAUCACUCGUUGGCCAGAACUAUCCGAUCCUGCAGCUGCAGUGCAUGAUGAUGCAGUAGUCGGUUCACAGCCUCGUCCUGGCGCGUCGUAUUAACCGGCUUUAGCCCAGGGCCCUGGUCAACGGUAAGUAUGACGGUAGUGCUCAUCAGGCUCUUCUUCGGUAUUCAUCCCUAUUUACUGCAACACUGGUGCGGGCGCUGCCCCAGCAAAAGCACGGUGCAAGAGGCGUUUCCCAGUACUAUUGAAACCCCUGGCAGUGGCAAGUCAUAAUAAGCAGUUAAUAAUAACACGGCUGAAGAUCCAAGCGUAGGAGAUAUUGCCAAGCCCGGACAAGGUUGUCCAGGGAAACCGUUAGCCAUCAUCGUUGGCCGGAAAAAGUGGGUGUCCUGCCUGCCGGAUGGAUCGUGUAUUGAAAAAAAGGGCAAGCGAGCACAGGACAGUCGCUUGGCCACUGCAUGCCUGCACAGGCAGUAGAUAGUGACCACAGUAAUCUGCCCCUUCUGUACGCGCCAGCAUGAGUCGUUGAUUGCUUCUGUACUGGUUCUCAAGCACGUUUCGGCCCCACGGGAGGAACAACCGCGAGGUCCACCGCACUAGUGCUCCAUAAUCACGGCCUCCCACGCUACCCACGAUGUCCUGGAGAUAACAGUCGCAGAUAAGCAGAUAAGCAUGUAAUGGGCCUUGGUCAUCGCGGCCAAUGGCUGCCCGUCAAUCGGGUCAGUACGAAGCGAUGAGGUACUCUUAGGAUGCAUGCCACGGUUGCCGCACCCAGUCGCCUACCUUCAAAAGGAUGGCCGAGCUGGGGUAAGACCAACGAAAAUAUUUGGCCAACAAAAAGGACAAAGCUGAAGCAAAGUAAAGGUCAGCCAGCAUGUGAAAGGGGAAUAUCAAGCGCAGCCAGUCAUUGGUUUGAGGGGGGUACUUUGGGGCCGUGGCAAAAGCAAUAGAGUUCGACGGGAAUAGACAGGAGCCUUGGGAGGAAGGCAAAGCGGGCGAGUGGCGCCGUGCACGGAUCCGGCUGACUCACCCGCCCGACCUUAACUCCGUUGGUCGGAAAAUGCCCAUCGAUCGACAGUAUCUCCAGCCUGUCUACCUCAUGGUCCACGGACACGUCCAAUAAGGCCCGUUCCAAGCCAUUCCCAUAUUCUGUAAUCAUCGUCAAUAGUGUCAAUAAUUUGCAUCUCUAACAUUCCUGAGUCGACGCCACGCAAACUUUGGAUGGAGCGAGGUAUGACUGCUCCCUUUUGGUCCGGAUGCAGCGACCAACUUCCGGCGGGACGCUCGAACAGGAAACCGGUCUUAUGAAGCACAGAUGUGUGCCUGGGCUAACCAGCCCAAGUAAGUACACCGUCGCUAAGAGUGUCUGGGAUGGCCGUACUUCGUAGUUUCCCUCUGAUGUGCGGCAAAUCGAGCAUCCGGCCCACCUCAGUCAAACCUGUUCUAGGGCACCGCAACAAUAUGAUGAUUAAAUUGUUAGUUUCAAGGGGCGAGCGAGAGAAAAAAUUCGCUGGAUAGCACCAGAUGCAUGGUCUCUUCGCAUCAUGCAAUAUCAAAAUCAGGCAACGUCACCGACCGACUGCUACCUCGUGGUCGAUAGUAGGGACGAUCUGGGACGUCAUCACUAGGCGGAACGUACCCGGAAGACAUCCGGCCCAUAUUCCGUGUUGACUAUUGGGGUAGUCUUCACCCCAUACUCCAGCCUCGGCACUUUCGCAGUUUCGUCUCCUAGUCUGUCCCCAAUCUGUGGAAGGUUCAGUAAGUCCUUCCUUUUUUGUCCAGAAGUGGAUCGAAGCAUCAUGCGCCACUGUCAGGCAGCGUCAAUCGGAAGACAGAUAAUAGUCAUCAGGAAUGCAUCAGAGAUGUCAAUCAUGAGC